ACGCGACGCAACUUGCAUUAUUACCGAUUGUUUAUCUCGCUCAUGUGACAUUGCACUGUAUUUAUCUUCUGUUGUGUGUUAUUUUGUAGAAACUGUAAUUCAUUGGGUCGAAUGAGCACUUUACAGUUUUAAAGCAUCAUAUGGAAACGACACCGCUGUUUGUAUUUGUUAAGUCUAAAAGAUUUAGAAGAUGGUUAAAUUAUACGACAGCUACAGAAAUUAUUUGCAAAUAUAUAAAUAUGCAUCAGAUAAUAUCUGCAGAUGUCUUUCACCGGCCCGAGAUAAACAUGAAGUCCGUUUUAAGACUUCAGGUGCAGGUUUACAGGAGAGACAGAGGCAUCUUAUGGCACGAGGUUUGCCCAAACUGAAGCCCAUAGCUGGAGUCAAAGAGGUCAUUGUUGUUGCAUCAGGGAAAGGAGGGGUGGGAAAGUCCACAACAGCAGUCAAUCUUGCUCUUGGACUUAUGGCUAAUGAUCAGAGUAAAUCAGUGGGGCUUUUGGAUGCUGAUGUCUAUGGACCAUCAAUUCCAAAGUUAAUGAACCUGAAAGGAAACCCUGAAUUAACAGACAACAACUUAAUAAGACCACUUGUGAAUUUUGGAAUUCCUUGUAUGUCAAUGGGCUUUCUGGUUGAAGAAGUUGCACCUAUUAUAUGGAGGGGUCUGAUGGUGAUGUCAGCGAUUGAGAAGCUCCUUAGGCAGGUAGAUUGGGGACAUCUAGAUUACCUUGUGAUUGAUAUGCCACCAGGAACUGGAGAUGUCCAACUGUCUAUUACUCAAAAUAUACCAAUAGCAGGUGCAGUAAUAGUCUCCACUCCUCAAGACAUCGCUUUGCUCGAUGCACGUAGAGGUGCCGAGAUGUUCAGAAAAGUUAACGUUCCGGUAUUGGGCCUGGUUCAAAAUAUGAGUGUGUUCCAGUGCCCCAAAUGCAACCAUCAAACACAUAUUUUUGGCUCAGAUGGGGCUAAAAAGCUGGCUCAAACUCUCAAAGUUGAGAUGCUUGGAGACAUUCCUCUUCAUCUCAACAUUAGAGAGACAUCAGACAAGGGACAACCUGUGGUGGUGUCUUCCCCAGAUAGCCCAGAGGCUCUGGCUUACAGAAACGUCGCAGCAGCAGUGAUCCGACGACUGGCGGAGCUUUCAAGAUGAAUGACCUCCAGAUUAAAUGUAGUUUGAAAUGAUCAGUAUUCAGUUCCAAAUCAUUUUCAAAUCAGUACGUAAGCUGUUCAUAUGCAUAUUAAAAUACAGUACAGGAAUGUAUUUAUGUUCUAUAUUUGAAUCAACAUGCUCUUCAUGUUAUAAUUGUAUGUAUGAACAUGCAGUUUGUGUUUAUUAAAACCAUGUUAUAAAAUAAUUUUGAGUUCAUUCAUAAAGAUCACACGGAUUUAGCUGUUUAAGAAAUAAACAGCAUGUGACUGAACUACCCGUUUUAGUGCACUAAACUAUGGAGAGCAGCAAAUGCCCACCCACUAAAACAGAAUGAAGUUGUUUAGCCUAAAUGAAUUGCACCACAAAAAGAAGAUGUGUCCCGUUUAGUGAAGUUUCACAAAGGUUUAAAUGCUCUGUUGCUACGCCUCGCAAAAUUGUCUCAUUGCAGUCAUUAGAAAUGUCACCUGCUGACACUGGUCACCUUUCUGUUAUCAAUUGUGCACUAUGAUGUGAACUAAUUGUUUCAUGCAAAGUGUAACAAAUAUAUAAGCAAUAGUUUUAAUGAUAAAUUUAUUAAAUUGGUUAAUGUUUAAUAAAAAUGUAUUUUUAAGUUC